UUAAGGUAAGGCAGAGAAAAACGUAAGUCCGUAAGCGCUUACGGAUAGUUGUCUGCCAUCAGCCUUAAUCUUUCUGCGCUACGCUCAGCUGUGCGGCGUAAACAAAGAGACACGAUGCUGCCGCACAUACCAAACGGACUGCGGAUAUUGAGCGCGAUCCCGAGUCAUUGCCGAAAAGCGCCUGACAGAGAAUUCUUCUAUUGGCUAACCAUAAUAUUUAACAGGGUCGACCGCGAAAGGAUCCAGUCUGUCGGCCCGGACCGUGCGUGUGCCGAGUGGCUCUUGAAGAACGGCGCCAGUGUCAGGUGGAAAGGCUUCUCGGAGUACCUGGGGGAUUACAAUAAAUUAUCGUCGGAAGAGAAUCGAUGUUACAUUCAGGCGGUGGACGCUACAGAUUCUGGAAUAACGCACGUGGGAUUUCCACAUUUUGUUGGUUGCAGGUACAUUGACGAGAUUAAGCUGGUACGUUGUUCUUACUUGUACAACACCGCCUUGCCACUAUUGUCAGCGGUGAAGGAUACCCUAACCACUCUUGAAAUCAAAGAGUGCAAGAGUAUAACUGAUCAGGGAGUGCGCAGUUUGAAGAAUCUCAAGAAUCUGAAGACCCUGAAGAUCACUGGUAUACCAUACCUAGAGGAUAAAGCUUCACUUAGGAAAGAACUCGCAGAAGCUCUGCCAAAUUGCACAAUAGAACUGAAAUGAAUUACAUGAUACAUUGAUACUAUAGCAGAGUAAAUAUAUCCAGAUUUAUGUCAUUAUUAUAAUACAAUACUUUUCAGCGUGUAUUUUAUAUAUUGCAUAUAUGAAACAUUCUGAAUGUAAUGUGUACAGUUUAUAAAGUAUAUACAUAAAGAGAUAAAUUAAAAGUCAA